AUGGCUAGAUUGGCUGACUAUUUUACUGUCGUGGGAUACGACCAGGAGAAAGCCGGUUCUGGAGAAGGAUGUGGAAAGAUCAUUCAACGGUUCCCCAAGAAAGACUGGGAGGGCACAGCCUUUCCUCAGGGGGUGGAGAUGUUCUGCCAGCCAGGAGGGUGGAGGCUGUCCAGGGAAAGAAAGCCACCCACUUUCUUCACUGUUGUUCUGACUGACAUCGAUUCAGACCGACACUACUGCUCCUGCCUCACUUUCUACGAGGCUGAAGUCAAUCUGCAGGGAUCAAAGAGUAUUGAGGCUGAUGGGGAUGAAGAUGAGGAGACAGAAGAGGAUGGCCUGAUCCAGCCAGCUCAAGUGUUUGCACCAAAAAGUCUCAUUCUCGUCUCCAGGCUGGAUCAUCCUGAAAUAUUCCGGGGAUGCUUGGGUCUGAUCUACACAGUGUACAUCGAUAGCCUGGCUUAUCCUUUGGAGGGUCUGGUGGCCAACCUCUUUACAUUCCAAGUUCCCGUUGCUGGGGGAUCUCAGAAGCUGUUUAGCCUGGGAGCAGGAGAUCGACAACUAAUCCAAACACCUCUAAAUGACACCCUGCCCGUCACCUUCAAGAGCGUUGCCCUGCUGUUCCAGCAGCUAGGAAUCCAAAAUGUUCUGAGCCUGUUUUGUGGGGUUCUGACAGAACACAAGGUUUUAUUCCAUUCCACCAGCUACCAGAGGCUCGGAGAGGCAUGUCGUGCCCUGGAAGCCCUCAUGUUUCCUCUUAAAUACAGUUACCCCUACAUCCCUAUUCUGCCUUCCCGGCUGCUGGAGGUGCUGAGCUCCCCCACUCCCUUCAUCAUUGGCGUGCACUCCAUGUUUCAGAGUGAAAUCCAGGACUUGUUGGAUGUCAUUAUUGCUGACCUGGACGGAGGGACAAUAAAGAUUCCUGAGUGCAUCCACCUGUCCCUGCUACCGGAGCCUCUGUUACACCAAACGCAGAAGGCUCUUUCGCUGGUUUUGAACCCUGAUUUGGAGAUAGCAGACAAUGCCUUCCCUCCACCUCGCAUGGCACCAUCCAACCUCAAGCUGUUGGACAAGGAGGUGAGGGCGGUCUUUCUCAGGCUGUUUGCACAACUCUUCCAGGGCUACAGGUCUUGCCUGCAGCUCAUCCGAAUCCAUUCCGAACCCGUUAUUCACUUUCACAAGACUGCCUUCCUGGGCCAGCGAGGCAUCAUUGAGAACGACUUCCUGACCAAGGUCUUGGAUGGCAUGGCCUUCGCUGGCUUCGUCUCAGAGAGAGGUCCACCUUACCGCGCCUGUGAUCUCUUUGAUGAGCUGGUGGCCUUAGACUCUGACAGCUUUAAAGAAGAGGAGCUUUGUACUGCCAAGCUACAGAAGCACAUCAGGGAACUCUCAGAGCAGAUGUACAGAAAUGAGAACCCGAACCCCCACAUGGCUUUCCAGAAAGUGCCUCGACCGUCUGAAGGGUCCCACCUGCGAGUGCAUCAGGUACCCUUCCCCCUGCUGGACGAUGAAAAGGUGGAGAAGCUGCUGCAGGAUGGUUUAGCAAAACACAGCAGCGCCCCUCCUUCCACACGGCCCGAGAAGAAGUGUGUUGUACCUGCCGGACCACCUGUCGUUGCCUUUAUGGGGAAGAGUGGCUCUGUGUUUAACAGCGCUCGUAGGCUGGAGGUCGUGAGGAGCUGCAUUUCCUUAAUCUUUGACAACAAGACCCUGGAGACGGAAAAGACGCUGCCUGCUGCACUGCGUGCACUGAAAGGAAAGGCGGCUCGCCAGUGUCUGACCGAUGAACUGAGUCUGCACGUCCAGCAGAACCGCGCCAUACUUGACCACCAGCAGUUUGACUACGUCAUUCGUAUGAUGAAUUGUGCCCUUCAGGACUGCUCCAGCUCUGAGGAGUUCACGGUGGCUGCUGCACUACUACCCCUGUCGACAGCCUUUUACAGGAGAUUGGCUGCAGGAGUGAACCAGUUUGCCUACACCUGCAUACAGGACCAUCCUAUUUGGACCAAUCAGCAGUUCUGGGAAGCCACUUUCUACAGCGAGGUCCAGGGUCAGAUUCGAGCUCUUUAUCUUAAUGCACCCGAAGAAAAGGGCAGCAUCACAGCCAGGCUUAAGGACGUGGGCCCGCCAGCGGGCAGGGACGAGCAUCAGACUGCCAUGGAUCUGGCGGCAGAACAGCUGCGCACCUGGCCCAGCCUGAGCAAAGAGAAGCAGCAGGAGCUGGUGAAGAACGAGGAGAGCACCGUGUUCAGCCAGGCCAUCCACUACGCCAGCCUCAUGGUUUACCUGCUGGUUCCCCUGGACACCAGCAAGAACAAGCUGCUGCGCAGCACGCCCGUGGCGGACUGGGAGAGCGGCAGCAACAGCAUAGUGACCAACAGCAUCGCCGGGAGUGUGGCUGAGAGCUUUGACACUGAGAGUGGGUUCGAGGACUCUGAGAGCAGUGACGUGGCAAACUCCAUAGUGAGGUUUGUGGCCCGCUUCAUCGACAAAGUGUGCACAGAGAGCGGAGUCACCCAGGAGCACAUCAAGAGCCUACACAGCAUGAUCCCAGGCAUUGUAGCAAUGCAGAUGGAGGCUUUAGAGGCAGUGCACAGAGAGAGCAGGAGGUUGCCUCCCAUCCAGAAGCCCAAGAUUCUGCGGCCAGCAUUGCUUCCUGGAGAGGAGCUGGUGUCAGAGGGGCUGCGGGUUCUCCUGGACCCUGAUGGCAGAGAAGAGGCCACAGGGGGCCUCCUUGGGGGACCUCACAUCCUCCCAGCAGAGGGGGCCCUGUUUCUCACCACAUACCGCAUCAUCUUCAAAGGCAUUCCGCAUGAUCCACUGGUGGGGGAGCAGGCGGUCAUCAGAGCUUUCCCCGUGUCCACACUGACCAAAGAGAAGAAGAUCAGCAUCCAGAACCAGCUGCAGCAGAACAUGCAGGAAGGCCUGCAGCUCCGCUCUGCAUCUUUUCAGUUGAUCAAAGUAGCUUUUGACGAGGAGGUCAGCUCGGAGACGGUGGAGAUCUUCAGGAAGCACCUCCAAAGAAUCCGUUAUCCUCAGUCCAUCUUCACCUCCUUUGCGUUCGCGGCAGGACAGACAGCUCCUCAGCUCAUCCUCCCAAAGCAAAAAGAGAGGAACACUGGCUUCAGAACGCUGUCAAAAACCAUCGUUAAAGGGGCCAAGAGGGCCGGGAAGAUCACCAUGGGCCGUGGCAGCCAGAGCACGCUGAAGAAGAGCGACAGGGGCAGCAGGAUGACCUGGAACGAAGACGACGACGUUUCGAUAUCCGAUGACGGGGAGCCGCCCCCCAGCAGCACUCUGCGAGCGUCUGAAAAGUCCACCAUGGAGCAGCUGGUGGAGCAGUCCUGCUUCCGGGACUACCAGCGUCUGGGGCUGGGGACCAUCACCGCCAGCUCGUCUCGGUCGAAGUCAGGGGAGCAGUUCAGGGUGACGGCUGCGAACAGGCUCUACUCGCUCUGCCGCAGCUACCCAGGACUGCUGGUCAUUCCUCAGGGUGUACAGGACAGCAGUUUACACAAAGUAGCGCGCUGCUACCGGCACAACCGCCUGCCCGUCCUGUGUUGGAAGCACCCCCGGACCAAAACCGUGCUGCUGCGCUCUGGAGGCUUCCACAGCAAGAGUGUAGUGGGGCUGUUCAAGUCCCAGAACCCUUCCUCAACAACUCCCGUCUCCUCUUCAGAUUCGUCCAGCAGCCUUGAACAGGAGAAGUAUCUGCAAGCUAUCCUUGACUCCAUCCCCGUCUAUUUCAAAAUGAACGGGAACAACACCCUGUCCAACCGCUCCCUCAUUGGCCUCUCACCAGGCAGUGAGAGGAGGACCUCGAGGAUACCAAAGAUGGCUCCCGUUCAUUUAGACCUCCCAUUUUCAAGCAGCUUUACCAGAGGAGUGCUUGAGUACAAAGAUAAACUAUUCACUCACUCAAACCAAAAACCUGCCACUAAGGAAAGAAUCCACCAUCCAGGCAUUUGGGCCAGCAUGCGCUCAGGCAGCAGACUCAGCCAGCACUCGUCAACAUCUGACGUGGGUGCCAGGUUAGCGGGGAAGGAUCUGGCGCCCCCUGCGGGCAGCAGCAGCCUGCAGGCUCAGCUCCUCAAGCAUCAGGCGGCCCUUUACGUCUUUGGGGAAAAGUCACAUCUAAGGGGCCUCCGGUUGGACUCCUCUCUGAACUGUGAACUGGUGCCGGUGGACUUUGCAGACACGCGGCAGGUGAAAGCUGCCUUCAAAAAGCUGCUGAGGGCCUGCGCCCCCAGCGCCACCUCGUCUGACUCAGAGGAUUCUUUCCUCAAAGCCUUGGAAGACUCUGAGUGGAUCCUUCAGCUUCACAAGAUCCUGCAGCUGGCGCUUUUUGUGGUGGAGCUUCUGGACAGCGGCUCAUCCGUUCUGCUCAGCCUGGAGGACGGCUGGGAUAUUACCACACAAGUGGCGUCUCUGGUGCAGCUGCUGAGUGAUCCCUUCUACCGGACCCUGGAGGGGUUUCAGGUGCUCCUGGAGAAGGAAUGGCUCUCUUUUGGCCACAAGUUCAGCCAGAGGAGCAACCUGAGCCCCAGCAGCCAGGCCGGCGGCUUCACACCCAUCUUCCUGCAGUUCCUGGACUGCGUGCACCAGAUCCUGGAACAACAUCCUCUGGAGUUUGAGUUUAAUCAGUAUUAUCUAAAGUUCCUGGCCUAUCAUCACAUUUCCAACCGCUUCAAGAACUUCCUGCUGGACUCUGACUUUGAGCGUUUUGAGCACGGGUUGCUGUUUGAGGAUAAAGGUGAUAAGCAGGCCCGGAAAGGCAUCUGUAUCUGGGAGUGCAUCAGCAGAAUGCACCGGAGGAGUCCGAUCUUCUUCAACUAUCUGUACAGCCCCUCAGAGAACGAGGUAGUCCUGAAGCCGUCCAUCAGCAUCCCUGUCCUGAGCAAAUGGGAGCUCUUCACAGACGAGACCCUGUCCACUGGGCCGUGCUACGACUGGAGGAUGAUGGCUGUGAGGUCGGACAGCUCCGAGGAGACGGACACUCCGGCCAACAGCAAGAGGAGGAUCGUCUGGCCGUGUUACAGCAGCGUGAGCCACGCCCAGCCGGACGCCAUCACCAAGCUCCUCGCCGACAUAGAGAGGCUGGAGGGCGAGCUGAAUCAGGCCCCAGAGAAAUGGCAGACCACUCUGGAGAGAGUCCGGCUCAGCAUACAGGAAGACCUCAAGCAGGAAGGAAAUCUCCAUCAGCAGUCCAUGUCCAUCUCAGGCCUCAUUCCCACGUCCAGCCUGCAGGCCUUCCAGCGGCGCUCCAUGCUGCACCUGCCAGACAGCGGGCUGGGCGAGGACCACAGCGCCGCCACCGCCAACGGGAUCAGCCGCCGCGCAGCUACCCUCUACAACCAGUUCACCCCAAAGAGCGAGGAGAACAGGUCUUAUGAGGGGAUCCUGUACAAACGUGGGGCGCUGCUGAAAGGCUGGAAACCCCGCUGGUUCGUUUUGGACGUCACAAAGCACCAGCUGAGGUACUACGACACCGGCGAGGACACAAACUGCAGAGGCCACAUCGACCUGGCCGAGGUGGAGUCUGUGAUGGCCGCUGCGCCCACUAUAGGAGCCCCCAAGCACAUCAGCGAGAAGGCUUUCUUUGAUCUGAAAACCAGCAGGAGAGUUUACAACUUCUGUGCGUCCGACGCUCCCAGCGCUCAGGUGUGGAUGGAUAAGAUCCAGAGCUGCGUGUCCGAGGCCUGACCGCUGAGGCUCAAUGGCACACCGCCGCCGCACCAGGGGCGGCCCAGAACAGAAACCGGUCAUCAGCUCAGUUCAGCUUUCCGAUUUUUCCUUUCAUUUGUGGACCAAGGAGAAUAAAGUGCCUGACGGUGGAGGACGGGCUCUGUCCGUCCACCUCUCCGGAUGUGGGGCCGUCGUCCUGCAGGUGGACCGCGUCAGCCUCAGCUGUCGGCUCCCACUGGCAGGGUCCGAGUGAAAAGAAGAUGAAGUUUUUAGGGGACUGCACUACUAAGGAAAUGUUAUCCUACUUAAGCUGUAAAUAGAUCAAAGCAAUAUCACUGGCCAUUUAAAAACUGUGGGUUCAACUUAAGAAAAUAAAGACAAAUAGCUUGUUAAAGAUUUUCUAUCAGAUAUUUUUACUACGAUGAAAGGUUAUUGCUGCUUCCAAAUGCAUACGAACCGCCAAAAACUCAGAGAAUCUUAAGGCACAACAUUAAAACGCAGUUUGUUUGCACUUAGCGCUAAAGUAUGCACUCCUUAUCAGAUACAGAUUUUUUAACAGAUGCAGACAUCCAGGCUUAAAGUGCCCGAGUGGCGUGUCCUCAUGGCAGAUUAGAUGGAAAAAGAAUUUGCACAAUGAGCUCAAAAGACAUGUUUUUAUUUAAAUAUGUAAUGUUGUCACUACUUUGUUAAAUGUGUAUUGACUUCAGCUUAACACAGGCAUCUCAUGUCAUGUAAAUUAUUCUUUUUUAUUAAAAGUGUAACUGUGCAAGUGUGUUGGUUCCUUCUUUCUCUGUAAAUACCUUUGUGAUGUUUCCGUUUAUGAUACUCUAUGUGCUGAGCUUUUCUAACUUUGAUUCUAAUGUGACUCUUUUUUUUUUCUAUUAUCUUUUUCUGUGUUGUUACUGGUGCAAAUACCUGAGUGGCCUGUUCCCUUUUCGUGGUGAAACGUCCUGAAAGUGAAACCGAGAUUUUUUGUUGUUGUUGUUGUUGUUGUUGAGAUUGUCCCGACGGGCUGUGUGUCUUUUAAGGGCUUUUAAAGCACAUCUCAUGUGGUUUUCCGAUCCUGAUCUCAUGUGUUGUCUGUGCUGCCUAAACUGCUUUUAUACAACAACAAAAAACAAAAAAAAGCACAAAAGCAAUUCAAAGAUGUCAUUGUCAUUUUUUUGUUACUGUAUCUUUGUACGUGGUGACACUUAAGUUUUGGAAAUAAAUCAAACCUACUUGAAAGCUUGUGUUUAAAUGA